CCCGUCGCAACGUCCUCUGUUGUUUGCCCUGGAAGCGAUGGUCAGACAAUCAUCACAAGCGCAAGAACAUUCCUCGUUGAAUGUGGUAUCGACCGCAGUGGCAAUGACAUGGCCAACUCGCCCGUGUACCCUGGCUCGUACGAGGCCUGUAUCGCUGCUUGCGCUGGACGCGAUGGCUGCAUGGACGUUUCUUACUUAUCCAACGGGCCUUGCUACCUGAAGAGCAGCGCUGGCACGGCCAACCAGAACGCCAACAUCAUUGGUGGAAGGUUGAUCAAUGGCCCCUCGAGCUCCGCUGCUGCGGCUUCGUCCUCGGCUGCGGCUUCAUCGCCAGCUGUCACAUCGGGAACUGGUACGCCAGUGCAGACCGUAACUGUUACGACUACAAUCAGCGGCGCGACACUCGGCUGCCCAUCAUCCGAUGGUUCGAAAUACACAAGCAACUGUGGAGCUACAUAUGCUAUUGAGUGCUACUCCGACCGCUAUGGUGAUGAUAUUACUGGAGGUACAUCAUAUACUAACACACUCAACGAGUGUAUCGCGGACUGCGACAACACUAAUAGCUGUAUUGAUGUGUCAUACAUUCCGGGAUCUCCCGGCCCUUGCUACAAGAAGAGCAGUAUCGCUGAAAUCCGCCAGAACGACAACGUCUUCGGUGCUCGCCAACUCACGGAGUGCACAGCGUCCACCAAGCUCAAGCUUCAUCGUAAGCGUGUUGUCCGCGCACCAACAGUACCGAAGAAGAAGAUUCAGAAGCGUGGAGUAUACGGCCCCGACUUCACGUUUACCCAGGAAGUCACCACAACGACCCAGACUACUACUUCUACCUCUGUUUACUACACCACUGUCACCGCGAUACCUGCCAACGUCGUUACUACCACCAGCACUGUGUACACCACUGCUGCUGCGACCGCUACCGUCACUAACGACGCUACGGUCACGCAGACUCAGCAGACCACUGUCACCACAUGCCCUGCUGUCAUCAUGCGUGCAGUCCUAUAA